AUGUCUGUGCAGGGCAAUUCAAGUUUCAUGAAGAAAACCAGACAACAAAAGCCAUUAUCAUACUACGAAUCCGAACAUGGCAAGGAUGCAAGUGGAAAGACAUCGAUGCCCUUAUCGCAAAAAAUGUCACGUCCAGUCCAAGUUCUAAAAGAUCUUACGCCAGACGACAUAUUCAAGAAAUACGAAUUUGGGAAAGAAUUGGGGAGGGGUGAAUUUGGAAUAACAUAUCAAUGUAGUGACAUUGAAAAUGGGGAUAGAGUUGCAUGCAAGAAAAUAUCAAAGAGUAAACUUAGGACAGAAAUUGAUAUUGAGGAUGUAAGAAGAGAGGUUGAAAUAAUGAGACAUUUACCAAAACACCCCAAUAUUGUUAGGUACAAGGAGGUUUUCGAGGACAAAGAUGCCAUUUACUUGGUUAUGGAGCUUUGUGAAGGUGGAGAAUUGUUUGAUAGGAUUGUUACAAGAGGACAUUAUACUGAAAGAGCUGCUGCCCUUGUUACCAAAACCAUUCUUGAGGUUGUCAAGGUAUGCCAUAAACAUGGAGUAAUUCAUAGAGAUCUUAAACCGGAGAACUUUUUAUAUGCAAGCAUCGCUGAAGAUGCUCCACUCAAGGCUAUUGAUUUUGGCCUUUCCAUAUUUUUUGAGCCUGGUCAGAGAUUUGGUGAAAUUGUUGGGAGCCCAUAUUACAUGGCCCCUGAGGUCCUUAGACGUAAUUAUGGAGAAGAAGUUGAUGUGUGGAGUACAGGCGUUAUUCUUUACAUCUUGCUAUGUGGAGUUCCACCAUUCUGGGCAGUCUCUUAUACGUGCUCAUGGGCUGCAAAUUGGUUGUCUAGAACAGAAACAGAAGAGGGAAUUGCACAUGCAAUUGUGCGAGGACAAAUAGAUUUUGAAAGGGAUCCAUGGCCAAGAAUUUCUGAAGAUGCCAAGGAUCUGGUUAAGAGAAUGCUGGAGCCAAAUCCUUACAACCGCUUCACAGUUGAAGAAGUCUUAGAAAAUCAAUGGAUUCAAAAUGCCGAUAAGGUCUCGAACGUUCCACUGGGAGAAGGUGUAAGAACGAGAAUCAAGCAAUUCUCGUUGAUGAACAAAUUCAAGAAAAGGGUUCUUCGAGUGGUGGCAGACAACUUGCCAGAUGAUGAAGUUGAUGGAAUUAAAAAAAUGUUCCAAAUGAUGGACACAGACAAAAAUGGUAACCUUAGUUUCCAAGAGCUCAAAGAUGGUCUAAAUAUGAUUGGACAUCAAAUUCCUGAUCCUGAUGUACAAAUGCUACUUGAUGCAGCUGAUGUUGACGGAAACGGCAUGCUCAACUGUGAAGAGUUUGUGACGCUCGCCGUUCACCUGAAAAGGAUGAGUAGUGAAGAUCAUCUUCAUCAAGCUUUUCUCUACUUUGACAAGAACGGGAGUGGAUUUAUCGAGUUCGAGGAGUUGAGAGAGUCUUUGCUAGAUGAACACCUUGGUGCAACCAAUGACCAGCUCGUACAAGACAUCAUAUUUGAUGCCGAUUUGGAUAAGGACGGACGAAUUAGUUAUGCGGAGUUCAAAGUGAUGAUGACAAAGGGCAUGGAUUGGAAGAUGGCUUCUCGACAAUACUCUAGGGCAAUGCUAAAUGCCCUAAGCAUGAGACUUUUCAAAGACAAAUCUUUGAUGGUGAAAAACUAA